UUUGAAUACUGAACGACAGCACAGAAGUAAAAGAGAGAGACGGAGGGGUGAUGAUCAGAAGGAUGAACACACAGACGGCCGGUGGAGAGAUGGAGCUGUGACAGGAUGAACGGCCUGCUAACCAAUCCCGUUGGCAACAACUCCUCGGUGCUGGCGGCAUGUUUCCACAACGACGAUGCGUUCAAGUACCGCGCCUACACCUUCACCUACCUGCUGCUGUUUCCUGUGGCGUUCCUCUGCAACAUCGGAGCGCUGGUCGUCUUCUUCCUGCAGAGCAGCCGCAGAAACUCCGCCUCCUGCGUGGUCAUGAUGAACCUCGCCAUAUCAGACGGCAGCUUCUCCCUCACCCUCCCGCUGCGAUUGGCUUAUUACUUCAAGGGCGGGGUGUGGCCCUUCCCUGAUUGGCUGUGUCGACUGUGCGUCUACGGCUUCUACGUCAACCUGUACACAAGCAUCCUCUUCCUCACACUCCUGAGCGUGCUACGUUGGCUCGCCGUGGCCCAGCCCCUUCGUCACCGCACUCUGGCCACGCCCACUCGGACAUUACUGGUGUGUCUGGGAGUCUGGCUGUUUGUGGGCGUAUCCUCCGCCCCCUUCCUGUCCAAUGGGGUGAGGAACAGGGCAGGGUUUCCUCGUUGCUUUGAGCCAUCCAGCCCCUCCUCUUGGGGGCGUGUCCUGAUCUUAAACUACGUGGCGGUGGUUCUUGGCUUCCUCCUCCCUUUCCUCACCAUCAUCUUUUGCUACAGCAGAAUCAUCCGGCGCCUGAUGGCCCCCUUCAGCACCCAAGGCAGCCAUCAGUCCAACAACACUCGCCAUCGCAACCGACGGCGCUCGGUUCACCUGGUCACCAUGGUGACGGUGACCUUCCUAUUUUGCUUUUUGCCCUAUCACGUGAUACGAUCUCUGCACCUGCAUGCUGUUUGCGAGCACUGGAACUGUGCUGUCACAGUGGCGCUGCAGCGGGCAGUGGUGGUGACGCUGUGUCUGGCGGCGUCCAACAGCGUGGUAAACCCACUGCUGUAUUACUACUCCACCAGGACGUUCAGAGACAACAUGAGGGACGCUCAGUCCUCUCUGUUGUCCAGCAGGGGGGCGUCCAUAAGGCAGGGACUGUCUUUGAUGAGGAGAAGGAACACCACCUGAGAGACUUGGAUCAGUGUCGAUGCUGCAGCUAAAAUAAACUCCUUCCUUAUUUCCUAAAAUAUUCUGCUUCCUGCUGAAAACACCACGCAGAUUUUAUUUAUUUCAGUGAAAACAAAUAUUUAUAGCAUUCGUCUGAGAAAAAGGAGUCGCUUUUCUGCCUAAUGUGGACGAAAAGAAUUUGGUGAAAGUAUGAGACAGAAGUCACCGGCAGCUCUGCAGACAGUAGUCAUUCAGGAGGAGGGUUCAGAGGACGUUGAGGAGUUCAGAGGACAUUGAGGAGAGUCCAGGUGUUCUUGAGGAGUCUGGGAUUUGUUGAGGAGUCUAGGGGUUAUUGAGGAGUCCGGGAGUCGCUGAGGAGUUCAAGGUUCGCUGAGGAGUUCAGAGGUUGUUGAGUAGUCCAGGUUAUUGGGGAGGGUCCAGGGACUGUUGAGGUAAUUGAGGAGAGUCGGGGAGUUGUUAAGGAGUCCAGAUAUUAUAGAUACUGUUGACGACAGGGUUCCUGUUAUAUGAAAACUCUGAGCAACAACUAACACAGGCACACAGGAGAAGGUGUUUCCAGAUUUCUUUCACUGCAGUUAAUGUGUAGCCUACAAACUGUGAGCAGAGUUAAAAAUCUCCCAGACAGAUUAGUCUGCUGUCCCUGUUGAGUAACAGCGCCCUCUGCAGGCUUUGCACUAAAAAGCACCCUGUCAGAUCUCAUUUGAUACAACUGACUGAAAGUUCACUCUUAGUCCUGACAGAUUCUGUAUUUUUAUCUUCAUGUUCAGACUCAAACCAACAGUGCAUGUGUCUGCCAGCAGGAAUUGUGUCAUACUCUGAUUUUUUUUCUUUUAACUGAUAUCAUAUAUUAGCGUUUAUGAAGGUUUCUGUCAGACUAACGCACUGUUGGAUUGAGUCUGCACGUGAGCUUUGUGUAUGUGUGUGUGGCUGUGUGGCUGUGUGUGGCUGUAAAUUAUUGUUUGAAGUGUAAACAUGUUUCCAGUGCAGAAUCUUAGUGUUUAUUUGGAAAUAAAUAUCAGUCACGUAGACAGGAAAUAU